GUUCAGGUGCUCAGGUGCUCCUGUGAGUGAGAAGCAGCUGACGGCAAGCCAGGGGUGACUGUGUUUCUGGUUAAUGCUACAUCCUCCUCAGCCUAGGGCAAGGUACCAUGAUGAGGCCCCUACCCCUCACCCCUCAAAUUUCUAGUGAAAGCUGCAGAGACUGCGGAGCUGAGGUCUUGGGGCCCAGUGGCCACCACUUCACUUGUGUUCCUGGCCUGAGCAGCCAUCUAGGUCCCCAGGUCCCCAGGCUCUCAAGCCCCUAACUAGGCCACCCUGGGGAACCUGAACAGCAGGCUGGAAAUCCUAGGUCUUGUCUGGGAGUGCACCAGUGCCAGGGAUGUGGGAAGCUCAAAACUCAGGGGGCUGGCAGGGGUCCCCAGUUGCCUCUCAUCCCGCAAACAAGUCAGGCCUCCUGCUUUGGGGGAGGGACAUGACCCAGAGCUGACUUCUCUGUCCAGUCCCUGACCCUCACAGGGUCCCAGAAUACAGGGUGUAGGGGUCUCAUACUGCCAGAGGGGCAAGGUUGCCCUCACAGCACUGGGGGGGCCCCACCCAGCCUCCUCCUCCUGCCGCCGCCUACGAUGACUAACCAGCUGAUCUCCUACUUGGCUUAGGCGGGGGCCCCAUGCUCCAGAGCCCAGGCAGGCAUCAGGGGCAUCUAUAAAAGGACGCAGGGCCAGGCCCUAGCAUCCUGCUUGCUUGCCACCUGUCAUCUCACGAUGCUGGGAGGUCUGGGGAAACUUGCUGCUGAGGGCCUGGCCCACCGCACUGAGAAAGCCACUGAGGAAGCUGUUCAUGCCGUGGAGGGGGUGGUCAAGGAGGUGGUGGAACACGCCAAAGAAGCUGGAGAGAAAGCCAUUGCCGAUGCCUUAAAGAAGGCCCAAGAUACAGGGGACAAGGUGGUGAAGGAAGUUACUGAGACGGUGACUAACACAGUCACAAAUGCUGUCACCCAUGCAGCGGAAGGCCUGGGCAAACUGGGACAGUGAGCACAUCCACCUCCAGGGGACUCUUCCUGAAUCUCAAUAAAAAGCUGUGA